CACACACACACAUAUAUAUGUAUGUAUGCCAAGGAUAUCCGAUUCUUUCAUAGACUUCUCUAUAGAUUCUCAACCUGUUACGUUUAGAUUGGGAUUAUUGCAAGUCCUGUCCAAUGGAGUUGAUAAAAGAGGAUGAUGGCCUUGAGCCAGUGAGCCCUACAGGAGAGUACUUCAACAGUAAAGUGAUGUCGGUUUCUAUUCUUGGUAUAUUGGAAUCAGAAAUUCCGAUUGAUGACUCCCAAGCUACGGCGCUGAUCAAAGAUGUUUUCCUCCCAAUAAACCCUCGCUUCUCUUCUAUCAUGGUGAUGGGAAAGAAGGGAGCAAGAAAGUGGAAGAAGGUGGAAGUGAAUGUGGAAAACCAUGUGCACGUCCCCAGUUUUUCCUUUCCAAAGGGUUCAUCAUCUCCAUCCGAGAAUGAUAGUUUCCUCAAAACUUACAUUUCACAAAUAGCCAUGCAACCAUUUCCGCAAGGCCAACCAUUGUGGGAAAUACAUAUUAUCAAGUGUCCAACCAGUGAAGCACAAGGAACCCUAAUUUUCAAGCUUCACCAUGCGCUUGGUGAUGGCUAUUCUCUUGUAGGUGCUCUCUUGUCUUGCCUUCAAAGAGCUGACAAUCCUUCUCUUCCAAUAACCUUUCCCUCGGUCAGUAACUUCAGCUCAGCCAAUAAAGAUGACAGAAACAUUGGACUUCGGAAGGUAGUUAGCAGAUGUUUUUCACCACUGGUCAACACUGUAAAAGAUUUCGGUUGGAGCGUCUUCAAAAGCACUUGUAUCGAGGACGAUUUGUCACCAAUUCGGUGUGGGUCGGAGAGCUUCCAGCCAUUUAUGGUGUCGACAGUCACGUUCUCGUUGGAUCGCAUCAAAGAGAUCAAGUCCCGCCUUCGAGUGACUGUCAACGAUGUGAUUAUGGGAACAAUCUUCUUGGCGACUCGAAUGUACAUGCAAAGAGCGAGCACAAACUCAAAUCUGAGCACCAACUCGACAGCACUGGUGUUGCUAAAUACGAGGAAUUUGCGAGAUUACAAGUCGUGA